AUGCGACUAAACCAACUUUUGUUGCGUAAUUUUCGUAGUUAUGCUGAUUGUGAAGUUGAAUUCACCGAUCGAGUGAACUUGAUUGUUGGAGAAAACGCGCAGGGGAAAACAACACUACUAGAAGCAAUCUAUUUCCUCAGCACGGCGAAAUCACACCGCACCUAUCCUGAUAAUGAAUUGAUACGGCACCACGAAAGUUGGUUUUACCUCAAAGGGAAGAUUGCCGCUACAGAUGACUUGAUGACGGUUGAAGCCUCGAACGAGUUGAGUGGUAAGAAGCGUUUCAAGUUCAAUGGGAUUAUUCAGAAAAAACUUUCUCAGUGGAUAGGUCAGUUCAACGUUGUUUUUUUCUCCCCUGAAUCACUCACUUUGGUCAAAGGUUCGCCGGCAGACCGUCGGCGUUUUAUCGAUCUUCUGAUUUCCCAAAUCAAUUCGGCGUACUUGAAUUCUCUCCAAAACUACCAAUUUGCGCUCAAGCAGCGCAACGAGUUGCUAAAACAAAUUCGAUCGAAACAGGCUAGCCCUGACUUCCUCGAUCCGUGGGAUGAUAUACUCACUGCUGAAGGAAUCUCUAUCAUCCGAACACGCGUGAGAAUCUUUGACCAAUUAAAGACUUACGUUCAAGCCAAGCACGCUGAAUUAACCGGAAAUCGUGAAAUACUCGAAUUGAAAUACCAACCUUCUCCUGAAAAGAUUGAUGGUGCGAUGGAGCAAGAGGCGACAGAACUAUUUCGCCGGGGGCUACAAUCUUCCCGAUCUUACGAUAUUCUGCGUGGUAUGACUUCGGUGGGACCACACCGGGACGAUUUCAAAUUAAUAUUGGAAGCACAGGAAGCAAAAGCCUUUGGAUCGCAGGGGCAACAACGAACAAUUGCCUUAGCUCUCAAACUUGGGGAAUUGGAAUUAAUACGUGAAACCACAGGCAAAACUCCUAUCGUUCUAUUGGAUGACGUUUUCUCAGAGUUGGAUGAGGAGCGUUCGUCCUUUUUAUUUAGCUUGCUAGGACGAUUGAAUGCGCAAACAUUUAUCACUUCAACGCGGCAGGAGGCAUGGGUGCCAGAGCUAGGUGAUUGCCGCGUGUUUACGGUGCAUGAUGGACAAGUCAACUGA